GUUCUCUGAAGAAGAAACCUGCACGAUUCACAUAUUUCUUUCAAUUCCACGGACGGAGUAAUGGCAGGCCGCAACCUUGCCCCUGUGGAAAUGGAGUCCUUCAGAGUAGCCGGGUUCUCCGACGCCCUAGACUGGAGGCCCACGCUAUUCCAAGAUCCCAUCAUUGCGCAGAAAACGUGUGCCCUCUGCGGGGUUUUGUACAGGAAAGCGGUCAGGCUGCCCUGCAUCCACACGCUGUGCACGAAGUGCCAUGCCAAAUGUGUCGACGAAGGAAGUGCGUGUCCUGUCGACCGGAAACCCUUCUGCGAAGAUGAUGUUGAGCAGCUGGAGGUCCCUCUCAAGUACAUCCUGAACCGUACUGUUGCCUGCUGGAACGCACCUAAAGGCUGUAGCUUCGUUGGUCCUGUGGCAUGCCUGUUAAACCACUACAAGGAAUGUGACUUCAACGUCGUGCCUUGCUGCCUGUGUCGCUCAACAGUGCUGCAGGGUGACAUUUUAAAGCACUUCAAAAAUGGUUGCAGCAUUCCCCAAGCCACAAAUCUGCCUACCGACAACCCUGCCACGCAAGACCUUAGGAAUGUCAGCAGAGCUUGUCUCGAGAUGAACAUUGCCAUAGGGAAGAUCUCCGAGGACAUCAUGUCACUGCAGUCAACUCUGAACCGGUGCAGUGAAGAUGUGAGAGCUGAGGGUGCAAUAUGCAAGGGCCAAUUAGAGGCUGAAGUUUCUAGGCUCACUGAGCAGCUGAAUAACCUUAGUACAGUCUGUGCCACUGAAUUCAGUGAGGGACUGCAGGUUCUUCGGGAAGCGAUGGCCGACUACAAAAAACAUGUGAGUGAGGAGCUUUGUGUGCAAAGGGACAGGCUGACUGAAGUCUUGGAUGUAGUGAGCAAAAGUUUGCAAAGUCCUUCUAAGCCCGAGACAAUCCAUUGGUACAUUGAACACUGGACAGACCUGAAGAAUGAAGCACUUAGAAGUGGCUUGAAGUACUUGGAGUGUUCAAAGAGGACCAUGUAUGAUUACAGCGUAUCCCCAUCUAUCCAUCUUAGACGCAUGGGCGAAGAGGUAGGCCUCGGGUGUUUCAUGAGUUUACACCCCGGGGAACAUGACUCGCAGCUGAAUUGGCCCUUCAGCAAGGUGUACACGGUCGGUGUCAUUCACCCGAAGGGCCAGUCAAGUAUGAUUUCCUACAAGGUAAAUGCUGACUGGUAUAAGCAUCUGGGAAACUUCCAAAGGCCAAAGAAAACAAGUAAUAGAGGCUUUGGAAUAUGGUGCCUGUCCACAACCGAAGAUCUAGAAUAUGACGGGUUUAUCGAGAACGAUACGCUUCAUGUGUUUUUGGAAAUUGAACCGUAGGCUUCGUCUUCAACCUCAGCAAUCCAAAGCUUGAUACUGUUCAACUCUUCCAUUGUAACCUUGUCGAAAAAUGCAGAAAAACGAGUAGGAAAGCAAUGCUUCCCUUGCGUAUAAUGCUAUCUUGUGGGGUUGUGAAUAAACUGAGUUACUUUGAGUGGCAUACUCUUCCACAUUCUCA